AUGACCCAGGCCCAAGGAAAGGACAUGAUUAUAAGCUCUUGGAACAUCAGAGGGCUUAAUCUGCCCUUUAAACAAAAAGAGCUGAAAGCAUUUAUGCUAAAGAAUAAAGUGUCUCUGAUGGCUGUUUUAGAGACUAGAGUGAAAGAGAAUAAGGUUGCCAAAGUCACUCAAACUCUGGGAGUAGACUGGCAGCUUGGGUUCAAUUACAACUAUGCCACUAAUGGUAGGAUAUGGGUUGGAUGGAAGCCUGCACAUCUGGAUCUUACUAUCUUGCACACCACUAGCCAGGUAAUACACUGCUAUGUGGAGGACAAGGACACAUCCUUUGCCAGCUACAUCACUUUCGUUUAUGGGUUCAACACUGUAGGUGAGAGGAAGGAAAUGUGGGAUCAGUUGAGGACAAUAUACUCAUCCUUGACAGGUCCUUGGUUAAUCCUUGGAGAUUUCAAUGCUUUGCUAUCUGUCGAUGAUAGAUUACAUGGGAACCCUGUACAUAUAACUGAAACUGAGGACUUCCAAGAAUGUGUUAAUGAUCUAGGCUUGGGACAAGUCACUAGAAGAGGUUGUCAGUACUCUUGGUGCAAUAAGAGAGAUGUGGGUGACAGAAUUUAUAGCCACAUAGACUGGAUAUUUGGAAAUUAUGGGUGGUUCCAGAAUUACAGCAACAUUGAGGCAGAUUAUAUGAAUCCAGGGUGCUCUGAUUGCUCUCCUAUUGUGCUAAAUACUGUUACUAGCUUCCAACACAUAAAACAACCUUACAAGCUGCUCAAUGUCCUGUUGGAGCAGGAGUCUUAUAAGCGUUAUAGUCGAAGAGUGUUGGGGCCAAAAGAUCACUGGGACUCAGACUUGACCCUUUCAAAGACUCAACUACUCCAUGAUGAGAGGACCACCAUUGAUCAACUACACAAAUGGGAUGCUAUACAGGAGAGGCAAGGCAAGCCAGGAAUAGGAUUUCCAAAGAUAUAUAAUGAACACCAUGUAAAGUUGACUGAUCCAAUAGCAAUCCAUCAGGAAUUUGUGCUCCUGCUUCCAGUAACAACAGAGGAGGUGUACAGGGCCUUAAGGUCAAUGCCAAAUGAUAAGGCCCCGGGGUCUGAUGGUUAUCCGGUGGAAUUCUUCAGACAGUUUUGGCCCCUAAUAGGACAGGAUAUAACAGAAGUUGUCAUUCAUUUCUUUAAGAAUGGGAAGAUGCUCAAAGAAAUCAAUAGCACCACAGUUACACUUGUGCCUAAGGUGGCAAAUCCCAAUUAUGUCAAGGACUACAAGCCUAUUGCCAGCUGCACCACCCUAUACAAACUUAUCUCAAAAGUGCUUAUGGUAAGAAUAAAGACAGUGGUGGAUAAGUUAGUGGGGCAAUCCCAGUCUGCUUUCAUAGAAGGGAGGAAUAUUUUAGAUAAUGUGAUCAUUGCAUAUGAACUAAUAAAUUCCUAUUCUCAAAAACAUGUUUCUCCUAGAUGCACCGAUAAAGUAGAUAUAAGAAAAGCCUAUGACUCUGUUGAAUGGGCCUUGUUGAGAUGGUCAUUCAAGAAUAUGGGUUCCACUUCAGUGGUCCAGCCGAUUAUGACAUGUGUUAGUACUUUUAAACGAUCCUUGAAGCAACUUAGACAUACCCCUGAUUUCAAAUACCACCCCAGGUGUGCAAGGCUGAAUUUGGUGCACAUCUGCUUUGCAGAUGACCUACUUAUGGUGUGUCAAGCUGAUAUGGGGUCCCUGCACUCAAUGCUACAAAGGUUUUACCACUUCUCAGAGGUGUCUGGGCUCAAAGCAAACAUGGAAAAGAAUUCAUUGUAUGUGGCUGGGAUCACUGAUGUUCUUAGGGACCAGAUGCUGGAUGACUUCCACUUCACACUAGGGAGCCUGCCAUUUAAAUACUUAGGUGUUCCUCUGUCAUCUAGAAAAUUGGCAAAAAGCACUGGUCUCAUGGGACACUAUGUGUCAGCCAAGUCCACUGGUGGGUUGAAUAUCCUGAAUUUCUUUUUGUGGAAUAAAGCUGCUAUCUGCAAAUUGCUAUGGGUUGUUGCAAAGAAAAAAAAGAGACUGUGGGUGUUAUGGAUUCAUGCUUAUUAUGUGAAAGGUGAUGAUUUUGGGCAGACUCCAACCCCCAAGCAGGCUAGCUGGGUGGUUAGGAAAAUAUUUGACGCAAGGAAGUGGUGGGCUGAUUGGUUUGGAUUGGUUGGGACACUUAGACAAUGCUGUAUCAGCCGGAAAGUUUAG